GCAGCGCCAGGCAGCAGAGCAGCGGCAGGGCUGCCUCCUCCUCCUCCUGCCUCUUCCUCCUCCUCUUCCUCCUCCUCCCAUUGCCAUAACAACCGCGCACAGCCGCUGCACCCGGUGCCGGCGGGGCCGCUCCGCACCGCGCCCGGGAGGCUGAGCAUCCCACGGGGCCCCGCACGGGUGGGGUGGGAAGGGAAACUGUGACCUCCCUACAAAAAAACAAACCGAAACAAAACAAACAACAAAAAGGGACUUUUUUCGCAGGGUGGGUUUAUUAGGGACCAAAGUGACCCCAAGCCAGGCGCGGAAGGAAGGAGGGACCGGACAGCCCCGCGAGUGACUCCGCGGAGGAGGGAGAGGAGAGAAAAGGAGGGGGGGGGUGUGUGUGGAGGGGUAGAGAAAGUUGGGAGGAAAUAGCCCAGGAAAAGUGACACGCGAGGAGCGCGGAGGAAAUAAAAGCGGCGGCGGGCAGGAAGUGUGAGGAGGAGGAAGGGGAGAAGAAGAAGGAGGAGGAGGAGGAGGAAGAAGCAGCAGCAGCAGCAGCAGCAGCAGCGGCAGCGGCAGCAGCAGCAGCUGCCGCGGCAGAAGAGAAAGCAAAAGCCGGACGCCGGGUCGGUGCCGCCCGGCAUCCUUGGGGCUGCGCGGCCAUGGCCCGGGAGAACGGGGACGGCGGCGGCUCUUGGAAGAAGCAAGCGGAGGACAUCAAGAAGAUCUUCGAGUUCAAGGAGACGCUGGGGACGGGUGCGUUCUCCGAAGUUGUUUUGGCUGAAGAGAGAGCGAGUGGGAAACUCUUUGCGGUCAAGUGCAUUCCCAAGAAGGCACUGAAGGGAAAGGAAAGCAGCAUAGAGAAUGAAAUCGCAGUCCUGAGAAAGAUCAAGCAUGAAAAUAUAGUUGCCCUGGAAGACAUCUAUGAGAGUCCAAACCAUUUAUAUCUGGUCAUGCAAUUAGUGUCGGGGGGAGAGCUUUUCGACCGCAUUGUCGAGAAAGGUUUCUACACUGAGAAGGACGCCAGCACCCUGAUCCGACAGGUCCUGGAUGCCGUCUACUACCUGCACCGAAUGGGCAUCGUGCACAGGGACCUCAAGCCCGAGAACCUGCUCUACUACAGCCAGGAUGAAGAGUCAAAAAUCAUGAUCAGUGACUUUGGAUUGUCGAAGAUGGAGGGUAAAGGAGAUGUGAUGUCCACAGCCUGCGGGACGCCUGGCUAUGUUGCUCCUGAAGUGCUGGCCCAGAAACCCUACAGCAAAGCUGUGGAUUGCUGGUCCAUCGGGGUCAUCGCAUACAUCCUGCUCUGUGGGUAUCCCCCUUUCUAUGACGAAAAUGACUCCAAACUCUUUGAGCAGAUCCUCAAGGCGGAGUAUGAGUUUGACUCUCCAUAUUGGGAUGACAUCUCUGAGUCUGCUAAAGACUUCAUUCGGAACUUGAUGGAGAAGGACCCUAAUAAAAGAUACACCUGUGAGCAAGCAGCACGGCACCCUUGGAUCGCCGGUGAUACAGCGCUCAGCAAAAACAUCCACGAGUCAGUCAGCGCCCAGAUCCGGAAGAACUUCGCAAAAAGCAAAUGGAGACAAGCGUUUAACGCCACGGCGGUCGUGCGACACAUGAGACGGUUACACCUCGGCAGCAGCCUGGACAGCGCGAGCACCAGCGUGUCGAGCACCCUCAGCCUCGCCGCGCCGCUUCCCGACGCAGCCACGCGGAAAGAUUGUAUGUCUCCAUCCACCCUCUGUAGUUUUGUUUCAUCUGCUUCUUCAGGCGUUUCUGCAGUAGGAGGGGACCGGAGACCCAGACCCACCACAGUGACCACAGUGCACACAGGGAGCAAGUGAGAUCCGGGGCGGCGAGGAGCGGGCUGGGCUGGCAGGUCGCCUCUGCGCCCUCACACCCUGCGAAGGACUAGAAGAAAGAAGAUUUUUUUAUGGCCAUAUUUUAUACUGCAAUUCUGAAAUGUUUCAUUUAUCACAAACUGCAAUGACUCCAGGGGGAACGGAUCUAACAGUCUCUGGUGCUGUACAUAUAUAUAUAUAAAUAUAUAUAUAUAUGUGAGUCUAGCAAUGUUCUAACUAAUGAACACUCAUUCUUUUCCCCAGUGAUUUACUCUUUUCUCAGUGUAGGUAACAGUAUAUGUUGUAUUUUUUUUCCAUUAACUACAAACAUCUCAACUGGAUUAUUUAAAUAGAGAUACUUUUCUGAGCAUUAUAUAUUUUUUUUUUCUUUUAAAAAGUACUUCCAGUAAUGUCCCUUCUUCCAGUUUGCUGGGGGAUAGGCUAUUUCUGUAGGUAGGAAUUAACGUUAACUUUGCAACACAAGAGGAUUUCAACGGCAUGCCAUUUCUCACUCCGCAAAUUGGACUGCAAGUCUGCCUGGCUUUAGCAGAGCUGUUACUGCUCAGAUUAAGAAACUGCUGCUUUCCCUCCCUUCCUCCUCCUUGAAAGCCAUGGCAAGAGUUAAAUUGCCACCAGCUGGGAGUCAGUUCAUCCUUGGCCGCAUUCCUGCAGCGCUGGGCAUCUGCAGCACCCUUGUUUCAGAGAAGAAGCAGGUACACGGUGCCGACCAGAGCUGAGCAAACAAAAUGGCAGAGCACAGUCUCAUCCUGCAGCUUUUCUCUCUUCUGAGUCGCUGUACGUUACGGGCAGAGCAAAAGAAAAGGAAGACAUGGGGCCGGGAGUCACAGUUGUCCUCUGCCACGGACUUGCUGCGCUGCCCUUGAGCAGGACAUUUCACUCACCAACCUCCUCCCAGCCGUGGGGUACAUCCAGAUGGAAGGUCCAUGCCAGAGGUGCUGAGCACCUGCAUCUCCUGGGGGCUUUGCCUGAUGUUGCUGAUGCUCAGCACCCCCCAGAACAGCCAAAAGUAUUAGAAACCAAAUAGAAAAGUUUGGACCUUUGGACCUGGGUUUCUCCCCCCAGGGAGAGGGGUGAUGCUUGCACCCCUCUGUAAAGCCCUGGCAGGUUCUUGGGUGCAAAGCGCAGGAUCUGGUGUCAUGUUGCUCCAUCACGCUGAGGUCUGGAGGAGGGCUGUCCUGGACCAGCACUGAGCUGGGAAAGCAAAGCAUUGCCCAAAGGCACGUGGAGGGACAGUGGUGGCACUGCCUCCCCCAGAAGCUCCAGAGGAGGCCCCAAAACAAUCAGAGGCUGGAACAGCUCUGCUGGGAGGACAGGCUGAGAGAGUUGGGGUGUGCAGUCUGGAGAAGAGAAGGCUCCAGGGAGACCUUAUUGUGGCCUUUCAGUGCUUAAAAGGGGCUGCUAAGAAAGUUUGGGACAGACUUUUUAGCAGGGCCUGUUGCGAUAGGACAAGGGAUUAUGGUUUUAAACUAAAGGAGGGGAGAUUCAGACCAGACAUGAGGAAGAAUUUUUUACACUGAGGGUGGUAAAACACUGUCCUAGUUUGCCCAGAGAGGUGGUGGAUGAACCAUCCCUGGAGACAUCCCAGGCCAGGCUGGACUCGGCUCUGAGCAGCCUGAUCUGGUGAAGAUGUCCCUGCUCAUGGCAGGGGUGGCACUGGAUGAGCUUUGAAGGUCCCUUCCAACCCAAACCAUUCUCUGAUUCUAUGAAAAGUCAACUCAAUUUCCCCAUUAUUUUAUUACUAAAUGCAUGCAGUUCCCAGACUCCGUCAUGGAACAGCCACCAUGGCUGUUGUGCAGCUGUGCGUCCAAGCAGCUUGAAAUAGGGAGGAGAGCAAAUCUGCCUGGAUUUGCUGAAGGGAUCCAGGUUACUUCUACACCAUUCCCAGCUGUAGUUUUCCUUUGAGGAGGAGGAAAGUGAGGUGGGCAGCAGAGGCAGGCACCCUUUCCCGGCCCCUCUCAGCCUCUCACAUGCAGACAGGUCCAUCCUCAUCCAGAGGCACAAGCCAUUCCCCUCAGCAAUAUUGCCAUGCUUGUCUCAUUUAUCUUGUACAAGAAGUUGUGGAAACCGGUCACAGACAUGGCCGAAUGUAUCAGGCCAUAGUGACUGUGCUGGGAUAAGCCAUAAGAUACAUAUUUUUCAUUGAGACUUCAAAAUCCCCGUCCGGCUUCAGUCAGUUGGCUUCAACUGGAAGAGCCAGGAUUUCAUCCAUCACAUUUUGAGCGCUAAAAGCUAGAAAAACAGGUGGCACUGAGUGCUGGCUCUGAAAUAGCUUCUCCUUUGGUGGCACUUCAAGGUGAUGCAUCCUAUAGAUCUCUGGUUUCCUCGGUAUUAAGCUGCUCCCCAUUUUCGGAGGGCCAUGGCACAUCUGAGUGAGGCCCUGAGAGCCCCCAGUGCUCUCCACCGUGUUUCACAGCUGGUGUGGAUGGUCACACAGAAAGGCUUCAACUUCUUCUUUCAGGAAAGACGCCAAAUACUGGUCUCUUGGGGGUUGGUAGCAAAACACCUUAUAAGUUCCCUGGUGAGGACUUCUGACUGAGAUUUGGGCAGACCAAAGGGCAGGGUAUCUCCUUGCUGCAAGUCACCCUCCUGUCCCCAUCCCCAGGCUGCUGCCACAGAACAGUCCUGCCCCACUGACAGAGAGUAGGAAGAGCUUUAUCAGCAUUUACCCUCGGAGCUCUUUAAAUCUUGCUGCAAGGAUAGCAGGAAAUUAGUAUAAUACAAUUUAAACUCAUUCUAAGGUCACUUUAUUUUUCCAGACAAAGUAAGGAAUCUUUAGUUUGGGAGAGACUCCUAUCCCAAGAAAUUCAAGUUUUUUUGAACCCAUGUAAGCUCAGCUGGCCCUAUUCUGCUCCAGUUGCAGGGAUGUAAAUAGGCAGUCCCCCAGUUUGGAGGCAGUGGAGUUCCCCAUGUUUACACGUGUGCAACCAAAAGCAGGAUUUGGUUAGGGAAUAUUUUUGUCUUUGUACAGUUAUUUCAAAGAUUAGGGCUCUAACGUUUCCUUUUUGCCUUCUCAUCUGAAGCCUGAGGUCUGGUUUGAACUUGAUGUAGUUGCUGAGGCUACUAAUCAAAAUACAGCAUCCAAAAGGCAAAUGGAUUUCCAUCUGCAGAACAAAGAGCAGUGAUGGGAGCAAAGGCAGACAUGCUGUCCUGCAGCUGGGGGGUUUCUAUACACUGGCUGCCCCUCCUUGAUGGAUGUUUUCUGUGUUUUUUGUUGAGCGGGUUAUUAUUUCCUCCCGCACUUGUAAGUAGGGUGAUUUGGUUUCCUUCCUGCAAGUAAUAUUCUGCCAUAGUUGUAUAACUUAUCAUAAUUGCUUUUGGCUUGCUAUCAACUGCUGGGAUCUUAAGAAACAGAAGCACUUAAAAGCAGAAUUGUUUCCUUCUGCUACAGUUUUGGGUGGUGGGAAGCUCUUCCUUUAUAUCAGUGAAACACAGCUGAAGACCUGACUGGUGUUCACCACAUGCUUUGAGAUCUCUCCUAUCAUUGAGUCCUGAAGUAUCUCUUGAUUAAAACCUCCCAGUUAAUCUGUAAACUGGGCUGACUUAGCAGCACCCAGGGCAGAUUUACAGAGGGGGCUGGAGCUGUUUGCCCCUCGGCAGCACAAGCUGGUACGGCGAACACUCCGGCAUCACUGGGGAUGCUCCAGGGCUGUUGUGUUUCCUUUCCCUGCCCCAAUCCUCCUCUCCUCAUCUGCAAACCCAGGAGCAAAUACUGUGUGCAUGUGGGGAAAGGGCUAGUAGCUCCUUUGUUCAAAACAAAUCUCCAACUGGCCUUGCCAUAAAGGAACAGGUAGAAAAAUCCCUCUGGGCUCUUUCCCAAUGGACUGUCCUACUAAAAAAUGUGUGACUUGCUCCUUUCAUGAGGACUUCAGCCUGGACUCACCUGUCUGUUACCCUUUUCUGGUUUACUUUACUGGCACCGAUGUGUUUUUCCUUUGUAACUUGUUUUCCUCAGCUCCUUCCCCUUCUUUUCCUUUGCUUGCAGCUUUGAUUGUUGAUUUUUACCUCCAGAGUCACAGAGGCCACCUCUGAUGCCAACAGCAGUGCUCUUGCUGGGAAAACAAAACAAUAAAUCCAGAAUAUCUCCAGCUGGCUCCUUAGCCUGCAGAAGAAGUUGUGAGGACAGGCUGCCCGUGAACUCUGCGAGCUGAAAGUCAGCACUGCAGUGGCCAGGGGCUUCCGUUGCUGAUUUUUGCAUGUGACUUCAUUCCCAGAGCAUCCUGACUUUCUGCUGGAUCACCCCUUCCACAGCACAAAGUGGUUAUUGACCCUGCAACAUGGCUAGUGGGGAGGUAGGAGUCUGGGGAGAACCUCGCAGUGAUGCUUUCCUGAGACUGUGUUACCCUGCUGGUGAUGUCUCUUCUGUCCUGGUUGCUGUUGUACAGGUGCCAUUAGAGUAGUGGGUGCAGGAAAAAAAAAAGGUAGGAUUUUACCUAUGCUUUGUGUGUCUGUUAUGGUUGUGGUGCUGAAAUAAAACCAAGUGAUGAUAGAGGUUUGUUCCUGAUAUGAAUCAAGCCACAAAAAGAAGUGUCAGCCCACUGGUAGGCAUCUCCGUGUAGUUCUGCAGUAGGCAUUAGAUAGGAGUUUCUGCUGUGCAUGUGCCCUGCGUGCCUCCAUGAUUAUUGACAGCAUUUUUUCUGUAACUAGCUCUCCUUAUUCUGGGCUCCUGCAUGGCCCUGAGGGACUUUGGGGUUUGUCCAAAGCUUUUCCCAGUGCUGGAAGCCAAUGCAGCCCCUGACCUCUGGCUUUUCUCCCCAAGCCCUCUGCAAACCAGAGCAUGGGCCUCCAAGGCACCCAAAAAUGCAGCAGUAGCUGUCCCCAAGGCUGCCCCUUCCUUAAGCGUUACCCUGGUUUUAGUGAAACAAGCUCCCAAGGAAAGCCAGGUAGCUUUUAGUCAUUGGUGAGCAGGGAGAAUAUUGUCCUUUGACAUGAACUUGACAUUAACUAGAUGAGAUACAGGGAAACCUGGGCUAGUAUUUCCCCUGUCGUACCAGCUCCAGCCAUGAGCAGCGCCGUGUAAAAACACCAGAUUGACUUUGCCGACAAGAUCGUGCAGACUGUAGCAUGUUGGUUUUGCUCUUUCCAAAGAAUCAGGCGAUUCAUCUGCUGGCAAAAUAAGUUUGGAGACUGAGCCCCAAGGUACGGAAUUACCAUCCUUUUGGCAUACGGAAUUUUCCAUUUAAUGGUAUUACUUGCAUUCUUGCUCCCGUGCGUAUUUAUCCAUCUGCACUGGGGCCUGAGUGCAUCCCACAAAUUAUUCAUGGGGAGGAAGUGUUGCCUUCAUUAUCAUGCUUAUUUGCACCAGAAACUUGAUGCUAAGAAUUACACUCAUUCUAGCAAAAAGCAGAAACACACGCAGAGACAACAGUAUCCAAGGAAAACAGCAUCAAACCCAAGCACGAAGGAUUAGUUGGCAAAUCGCUGUGCGCAAUGGCUGAGUGAGGAAACAGCAACCUGCUCACAAAGUUGCACAGAGUUCCCCCAGGCAAAUUCCAGAUUUCUUGCCCAGCAGCAAGUUUUACACAAUCUUUUGUGGUUUUCCCCGCAUCCCUGCAGCUGGGUCCUGCCUUCUCAUCCUGUGUGCUGGGGUGCUCGGGUCUCUGUGACACACACACGUGUGUGUGCAUGUUGUGUGUGUUGUGGCCCCGAGGAUCACAGAUCCCACUGGUGGGAGAUCAGGAAUUGUUUCAGGUUUUUUGGUCCUACUUCACACGGCUGGGGCAAAGCUGGGUAAAUGGUGUUUGUGACAGAGGAUGAAGGCUCGUUGUCCCAGGCUCUGGUUUUGCAGACACCUUCCCCACCAUGAACCAUGUCACUCAUCUGUCCAGACAGCUUUUUUUCUUCCUCCUUUUCAUAAAUGAUAACGUCAGAAGAGCAGGUCUUAUAUUUUUUCCAUACUCCAGAGUGGAAUCAGGGCAUGUACACCCACAAGCGUUGUGAAAAAACACUGCUAAACUAAUGAUCACGUCAGAUGUCCAAUAAAUGCAUGAUACUGCACUGCAUGUAUUAAACUGCUGGUCACUGUUUCUGUAUUUCCCAAGCCUUUUCUUUAUGCACAUUCAACCCAACCUUUUCUCUGAGGAGUUUACUUCUACAUUUUGCUUUUAAGUGACUCAAUGUAUCUGUAACUCAAAAUCAAUUGUUAAGUUUGAGUAAAUGCAAAAGCUGAUGUUUUGUAAACAAGAUACUGCAAAGCCUGGUAAUGUAUUUUGUCUUUCUGUUGAAUGCUCUGCAGCAUGGACAGGAAGAGUCACCAUGCAGAGCAGCUUCAAACUAUGCAGCAGUCAUGUACACAUCUAGAAACAGGGAGUCAGGGAGGGGAUGGUCCCUUUUCUAACACAAUACUUAAAAAUUUGGUCCACAUAAAUUCAUUCCCUGGGUUGCUAAUGCUCAGGACUACCAAGAAACAUGUUGCUAGGUUUCUUCAUUUUUUUCUGUUUUGUUUUGGUUUGCUUUUCAUAGUCAAAAUUUAGACCGGUUCAUUCAAUUCUUAGGAUUUUUCUCUUCCUACAGGAUAUUUCUUUCUCACCUGUUGCAGAACGAACUGCAUUUUGGGGACCAAGAUGCUGUGAUUAUUUGCCUGCAGCAAACAGGGCAGAGAGCUGAGCUAAUUAUCCCAUCCUUUCCAAAGCAUCACCACCUAAAUCCUGGCGUUUAACCUUGAACGCCCAUGUAGUACAACCAUUUAUCCGUGGAAAUGUUUGGUGUGGCACUUUUCCUUCUUUCACAUGGAAAUCAUGACCUUGCCUUGUCUUCUGUUAAUCAUUGGUCCAUUUUCAUUUGUGCUGGUCUUUCUAAGGCAGGGCACAGGAUGGCCACAUGGUAGUUUUAAUACUUCUGGCCCAGUCCUCUUGUGGGCAUCGAGGCAUUGGCCCCAGCUCCUGUCUGGUUGCUGUGUUAGUGUGGAAGACGCUCAAGUUCCCAGUACUCAAAGCAGAGUCAUCUGAAGGGCUGGGACAUCGCUCUGGGUUCCUGGCAAGGCCAUGACAAGCAGUGGGGCUGGAGAGAAAGCACCAUGCUGGUGGUGGAGGGAGCAAGGAUCAGUCCUUGGAAAUUACACAAGACACUGUUCCGCGGUGUCUCUGAAUCGUAGAAUAAUUUUGGUUGGAAGAAACCCUCAAGAUCACCGAGUCCAACCAUUAACUGGCACUAAACCGUGUCCCUAAGAACCUCAUCUAAGCAUCUUUUAAACAUCUCCAGGGAUGGUGACUCCACCACUUCCCUGGGCAGCCUGCAGCAGAAGGUGUUGAGCCCACCGUCAAGGCUGGUGCUCAGCCAGGAUGCUGUGCCAUUGCUGAAGGACUACAUGACAGCAUAAAAAACCAUCAUUAAUAGCAGUUGUAAAUCAGUCUGAGCUCAGAUUGCAAAGGUGCAAAGCUUCAUGAGGAGGUGGACGUGUGCUGUGGUUCCUGGUGGGUGGGAGCUCCUAGGGGGGUGGUCAGGGUAGCUCCAAGCUUUUCCAUCUCUCAUCUGCAUGCCCUGAGCCCAGCAUGGCAUCACAUGAGCUAUGUCUUGAUAGAUCAAGCUGUAGCAUGACCCUCAAGGUGAAGAGCAGGGAAAGUUGUAGCUCAGUGGGAGAUACGGUGUGACUCGUGUUUCUGGGCAACAUGAUGUCAGCAUCCUGUUGUACAUUGGCCUCUAGUUGAGAAACAGCAUUUUGGUCAGUUUGGGCAUUUUAUUUUAGAUAGGUGUUUUAUUUGGGUCAGCAAACAAUGAAAAAAACCCCAAAGUCUGCCCAGACUAGUGACUCCCCAAAUAUCCCCAACUGCAAAACAUCUCUCGGUUGACUUUCAAUGAAAAUGCAAGCAUGUUUUCUACAAAGGCUUAAAUCUUAAGGAGUGUCAGUGUGCCUAAUAUUGCAGGUCUUGUGAUUGAUAUGAGUUCAUAACAGCAUCUGUGUCCAAACAGAGGGGAGAAUGUGUAUUUACUCCAUGCAUGUAUUAAGGCAUCGCAAAAGUUUUAUCUGCAUAAUGAGUUUGCAAUACUGCAAAUUGUUAAUGGGGCUACGUCGCAAGUGGUUCUCUGCCUUGACAAUCAUGUAUACAUAUCGAGAUUUCUAUCAUAAUGACAAUUUAAAGGGAUGACUAAUUGUUUUCCUCCAAUAAAUCCAAUUAAAUCAC